CUCUCUGCUGAUCGACUGUUCUUUGAGUUCUGACUUUUUUUCUUUUACAAAUCAAGAAAACGCUCAAUUCGGAAAGUUUCCCAAUUUAGAAAGAUGUCUGGAAAAGGAGCAAAGGGUUUGAUAAUGGGAAAAACAUCAGCAAACAAAGACAAAGAAAAGGAAAAAAAGAAACCCACUUCUCGUUCUUCUCGUGCUGGUCUUCAGUUUCCAGUUGGGCGUAUCCAUCGCCUGCUAAAGGAGAGAACCAGUGCCAAUGGGAGAGUGGGUGCUACUGCAGCUGUUUACUCUGCUGCAAUCUUGGAGUAUCUGACUGCCGAAGUAUUGGAGCUGGCUGGGAACGCAAGCAAAGAUUUGAAGGUGAAACGUAUCACCCCAAGACAUUUGCAACUAGCAAUUCGAGGUGACGAAGAACUUGAUACUCUGAUCAAAGGAACUAUUGCGGGAGGAGGUGUAAUACCGCACAUUCACAAGUCGCUCAUUAACAAAUCUUCUAAGGAGUAAUGAAAGCCUGUUGUGUUACAACUAGUUGUCUGCUUGCUUUUUGGAGAAAUAUUCCUUUCUGGAAACUUUAACCAUUUGGUUUUUUUGGUGUCUGCAUAUGCAUAGACAUAGACAUAGAAUUGUCUACCUAUUAUGUUGGCAUUUUCCAUCUAGGUUCUCCUUUAGGUAUUCUAGACAUGGUCCUUUGCUAAUAUACCAACAUUUGAUGUGA